AUAUCCACUAGUAGCAGAGACGAACCGUAGGAUCAUUACCAGUCUUUCUUGUGAUCAUUAUAGAGCUAAAGGAGCAAUCCCGUCCUCUUCUUCCUUCUUCUUUUUAAGAGGGCUUUGGCUUUGCUACUCUGCAGCUAGGAUUUCUCUGUUUUCUUUGUUUCAAGCUUGCCUUUUGUUUUCAACAAUCGAUAUACGCAAAAAGAGAGGCAUAGCAAUAUGGUGACCUUGGUGUCUCAAGAAAACAUGGCUGCUUUGGUUUCUCGCACCGGAAGGCAUUUGCAACGGUACAGCAAGGGUCGUCGCCAAGUUGUGGGAUGUAUACCUUACAGAUACAAGAUUGCAAAGCAGACUUCCUUGGUAGAAGCAGAAGAAUUAGAAGUUCUUGUCAUCAGUUCACAGAAAGGCAAAGGGAUGUUGUUUCCAAAGGGAGGUUGGGAAAAAGAUGAAUCCAUAAAGGAGGCGGCUUUACGAGAGACCCUAGAGGAAGCAGGGGUACGAGGCGUUAUUCAGCGUGAAUUGGGUAACUGGAAUUUCAAGAGCAAAACCCAUGAUACUUAUUACGAAGGAUACAUGUUCCCAUUGCUUGUGGAAGAGCAGUUAGAUUUCUGGCCAGAGAAGGACGUGCGUCAAAGAAAAUGGAUGAAUGUGCAAGAAGCAAGAGAAGUUUGUCAAUAUUUGUGGAUGAAGGAAGCUCUAGAUAAACUUGUAAAUCGGCUGACGACUCAACAGCAUGUUGAUGAGGAACAAGUAGGACCAUGUUUGGUAAGCUAGGAGGAGGGCAUAUCUGACUUGUACAUAGGGAAUUGUUGCAGCGCACACUGCAAUGCUGCUUUAAGACCAGAUGAGGUGAACCCGAGGAAAAGUUGGAUCUAAACAGACAAGAAAGAUCGACGACACUUUGGAAAAGUGAUAAUAGAAGUUGGCAUUCUGGUUCUUCUUGUUUUGGUUUGUUGGAAUUCUAUGAUCCAGAAAUCAUAGGAAACAGUCCGACAUUAGAUGAGGAUUAGAAACAUGUUCUUUAGAAUUUCAAACAUGGUUUCUAAUUAUAUAAAAAUGUUUUGUUUCAGAA